AUGGCGCGGUCCAAAGCAAUUCGUGCUCCCACUACUGCCAGUCUUUCUAGCAACCUUCGCAUACCUUCUUCCACCCCAUCGCUGGUCAAGACGUUUGGCAAGCUUACUCGCCAGGCUUUACUUGACCUUGUCUUCCAGUGGCUUGAGGAUGGCAAUGUCCAGCACUUCCCGCCAUAUCUCCAAGCCAACGAAGGCAGCAAAAGGGGAGAAGAGGGUGAUGGCGACGGACUCCGUCCCUAUCCUGCUGAGCGGACUAUCAACGGGGUUCGCAACGCCUACCAGGAGCUGCAGUUUCGGAAAGGGGGGAAACGCGAAGUCAUAGAUCGGAUUCUCGAAGGCGACUGGCGACAUGGCAUCACACUUCGUCAGCUGGCAAUGGUCGACCUGCGCUACAUGGACGACCAUCCGUCGAGUUUGCGCUGGACAGCUUUAGAACUCGCUCGCAUCGACAACUCGUCCUCGAACGAAUCAUUCGCGUGCAUACCGCGUGUUCACGCAUCGACUUUCCUAAGCAGUCUUCAGCAACAAAUCUCUCCCCUAGUGAAAGCCCACUACCAUCUUGCCCGGUCGACCUCUCUUCCCCUCACCGUGCUCCGUGUCUUCGUCACCACCUCGCCUUACCAGAAUGCCCCUCGUCAGAGUGCCGAAUCUCUCACCGACUCGUCUAGAACCAUCUAUGUCGCUUUCCCAGACAGUUGCCCAUUCUUUUACACAUCCAUGGCUUCUCCCCAGACAGCCUCCAAGGCUAGUUCCGCUCUCCCGAACUCCCUCGUCGCAACAGACGUUCGCAGCCUCCAGCGCCUGGUCCGAGAUGCUAUUCCUAAAGCCCUCUCUCUCCCCCAUCAACGAUAUACCGUCAAGCCCACCUCCUUAAUAGCAAAGAGUCUCGAAGCCCUGCUCGCCCUUCGGGGCCCCGGUCGAUCCAAUCACGCCAACGGCGCAUUCAGUAUCUUCGCAGACGCCGCCUUGGAAGGAAGCCCCUUGGACCCACGGCCAUCCAACACCGUCUCUCCGGAGGAGCAUAACCGCCAAUCAGCGUCGGAAGCCACCCUUGAAAAUAGAAGGGCCUCUAAGCGAUCUCUCGCUGACUCCAAGGAACCCGGUACCUCCAAGAAGCGGACUCUGGCCCUGCAGUCCCGUUUCGGCACUUCGGGUACUUUGUCUUCUGUGCCGCUUGAUCGACUCGAUGUUAGGCUACUCGAUGCCUUACCAGGUGAUGCAAAGCCAACAGAGCACGCUCAACAACCAACAGUCUCGCUGGCAUUCGCUGGUACGGAUGUGAUUGGUGGGAUUCGAAAGCUUGCGGAGUUGGGUGUUAUUGACGCGGAGAGGAUGCCUUGCUGGAUGACGGGUGAGGAAGGGGUCAGUGUCCUUGCGGUGAGAGAGGGGAGGGGAGUGAGUAAAGCCGGUAGAUGA